GUCAUAGAUAAGUUUUAGGUUAAAGAGGUUAAUAAUAAUAUGUUGUAGAUAUGUUUUAAUUAUUUCUGAAACAUUGAUAAAUUAUUUAUAGUUAAUCAAUUAUUGUUAAAAUGAUGUCUACAAAGUUUCAAUUAUUACUUACCACAGCCUCAAGACAGGUAGGCUGGCUACAAGUAUGUGGUAUUAGAUAUUUUCCUCCUCCACCAAAUUAUGAUAAUAUUGUGAUCCCCGAAAGACAAAAACUAAGAGUAAUGGAGAGAGUUCCUGCUUUGCCAUCGAACAUUAAACCCCCCAAAAUGCAAAAGCGUCUUAGAUAUAUGCGAGGGGAAGAAGAAGUUCAUAAUUUUUUACUCCACAAACAGUAUGGAAUUAUGGCACUAAGUGGGGGACGAAUAAAAUAUGGACACUUUGAAAUGAUGAGGCUAACAAUUGGUAGGAAAAUAGACACUGAUCGUAUGUUUGCUAUAUGGAGGGUAGACUCACCCUGGCAGCCAAUGACUAAAAAAGGACAGGGGCAUCGAAUGGGUGGUGGAAAAGGGGCCAUAGAUCAUUAUGUAACGCCAGUAAAAGCAAAGAGAAUAAUUUUAGAAGUAGGAGGAAAAUGUGAAUAUGCAGAAGUAAAAGAUUUUCUUCAUGAUAUUGCAAUGAAGCUCCCUUUUAAAGCUAUGGCAGUGUCUCAAGAAAUACUGGAUGAAAUGAAAGCUAAGGAAGAAUGGGAAGAGAAGAAUAAUUUAAACCGUUAUACACUAAAAUACAUUAUUCAAAAUAAUAUGGGUGGUUGUCAUAACUAUUUAUCACCUACUGAUCUAAAAUGGUUUGGCAAGUAUGUAUAAAUAUUGUAGUUAAUAAAAGUUUCUAUUAAGUUCA